AUGCAGGCGAACAGCUACCGAAGCUGUCCUGGAAAUGCCGUCCCCGAACCAUAUCGAUCGCUUCAUGCGUGGCUGUUGAAUGCCUUCUCCCAACCCGCCUUCCAAGAUCACGGUGGAUUUUGUCCGGGUCGAGGCAAAUGGACGACUACUGCUGUCGGUGCUUGUGUCCGUUGCGAGCCGUAUAUCAACACAGCGGGCCGUAUCCGCGAAUUUUGUCGGAAAUAUCGACAGCUGAGCGGCACCAACCAGGCUUACGUUUCACAUUUGAUGCUAGACCGAGGCUACACUUUGAUGGAUGCAGUAAGGACUGCGUCACGGGUGCCAACUUCCUUUGCAGUUCUAUCUCCGUUGCCCGUAGAUGAGCACGCACUACGUCUACCGGUAUCUCGGACUCGUGAGACCCGCUGGUCCGCGGUCGCCCAAACCCACGAUCCCCGUUCAUCUACCCCUCCCGCCUUGUCCGCCUUGACGCAUCACAGCCCUGCCGAUGCAGCUGGCUUCUCAAGCCCAAUUCCGGCUCAUGGAGAUACGUCAUACCGCUUCGUCCUCCACGAGACGAUUAUUCAGGGGAAUGGAGUUCGCUAUCAUCGCAUUUUGCAGUUGAGGCCUAGAACUGUGCCAAGCGGUGUGCCCUAUAGUCCGAUUCGUGGAGCUCGAGUCUCUCUGCAUGUACGGAGAAUAGGCGGUCCAGACGUUGCCGAGGGACGUCUACAAGAUGUUGAAGGUCUGCCUGGUGGUUCGGGCGACGUUCUCACAGAGUUGCUGGAAAUUGGCGCGAUGGCAGCGCUAUCUGACGGAUAG